UUUCGCAGGCUCUUCACUCCCGCAAAUUCAACUUGGUCCCUCACUCCCGCUACGCGAGAGUGGUGAUAAUGCGUUAAUUCAACGAGAUGCUUUCCUUGACUCACUGGUCUAUAACAUGACGGUUCCUGAACUCGUGAUGCAAUUACACCUCACAUCCGCCGCCACAAUAGUAGGGCAGAGCUCAAACAUCAGCAUUGGAAUCGUGCAUGAUUUGUACCCCACCAAUUCCUCCCAGUAUAACACCCUCCAGCGCUCCAAUCUCGAAAAAUCUAGAUUGGGAAUCCCGGUCCUGCAGUUUGGGGAGUGUCUGCACGGCGUAGGUAGUUACAGACAAUCCAUGUUUCCACAGAGUCUUGGGAUGGCAGCGAGUUUUGAUACAGACCUUGUAAAGAGAGUCGGGCGAGCGAUUGGAAGUGAAGCGCGCAGCUUGGGCAUCGGUGCGUGUUUGAGUCCGGUGCUUGAUUUGGGGCUCGAGGCGAGAUGGGGACGGGUGCAGGAGGGAUGGGGAGAGGAUGUGCUGCUUACGAGUCAGAUGGGUGUUGCUAUGGCGUCUGGAUUGUCGAAUGAUGGGCAGUGGGGGAGCUGGGAUGCUGUUGUGCCUGUUGUAAAGCAUUUCGCAGCCUACGGCAGUCCUCAAGGUGGGAUAAACGGUGCGCCAUCCAUGCUCCUUGGUACGAGACAGGUAAUGCAAGAUAUGCUGCGUCCUUUCAAAGCAGUGAUCGAUUUAGGAGGAGCUAGAGGCGUCAUGAUGGCGUAUUCGGAGAUUGAUGGAACUCCAAGUCAUGUUCAUCCAAUGCUUUACAAAGCGCUGGAGGGGUGGGGCUUCGAUGGUUUUGUUACGGCGGAUGAUAGUGGAAUGGUUAUGCUUGAGCAACGGCAUUGGGUUGCGGGGAGUCCUGGGGAGGCGAUCAUGCAGUGGUUUAAUGCUGGUGGAAUGAUCCAGUACUAUGACUACCCGUUUGAGGUUUUCCUGAACGCAACCGUUGAGCUUGUUGCGAAUGGUUCCGUGGCACUUUCAACGUUGCAGUCGCACGUCCGCAAGAUCUUGGGCGUGAAGUAUGACCUCGGACUUUUCGACAGCCCGUAUAUCCCUGAAAGCAUCAACUCGCAAGCAUUGACAGAAGCUCAUAUUCCGUUGACUCUCGAGGCAGCACAGAAGAAUAUUGUUUUGCUUGAGAACAGGAACAAAACUCUGCCUAUAAAGCCAGCCAAGCAGAAUAUCAGCAAAAUAGCUCUCAUUGGGCCGUUUUCGGAUACAAUGAACUAUGGUGGAUAUUCAGACCAAUAUGGCGCCUCACCAACAUCACAUUCCACCACAAUCCGACAAGCAAUCCUCUCCUACAUCUCCGCUAACGCCUCGAAUGUAUCUCUCGUCUCCAGCUGGGGCGUAAACGACUGGUAUUUCAUCGCCCAGCGCCCUAUCCAAGGCUAUCUCCUCUCCACUCCUGGUGGCGAGAAAGGUGGACUUCAAGGAACUUACUUCGCCGAACUGAACUUUAAAGACCCGAUCUUCAUACAGCAAGAAACGCCAAAUCGGGACUGGGGAUUGACUUCACCGAAUGGGUUGCCGUCGAAUAACUUCAGCGUUGUUUGGGAAGGAUGGCUAGAGGUCCCAGUUGAUGGUGAUAUGGAUGGGUGGAUUGGUGUUGCGACGAGUGCAAAUUGUACCGCGAAGUUGUACAUCGAUGAUGUGCUUGUUCUUGGCUCGCCGUUUUCACGUAAGAGCACGAUUCAGUCGAAUAUCCCGGGUCUGAAAUACACGCAACGACACUCAACUGAUGCACCGGCUGGUGGCUCGCCGUUUACGUUCAGAAAGGGGGCAGUGCAUAAGGUACGUCUUGAGUUUCAGGCAUUCAAGAUGGAAGGGGAUCGUGAGAACGUCCAGACCUUCAACUCGAAAGUUGAGCUGUUCUGGAACUUGGUUGAUAGGAAUCACUCCAUUGAGAAGGCUGUGGAAAUAGCUUCCGAUGCAGAUGUGAUUCUCUUAACAGUCGGCGCAAACUGGGACUCCGACGGCGAAGGUGGCGACCGCUCCACACUUUCCCUCUCAGCAAACCAAACCCUGCUCACCUCGCGCAUCUUCUCUCUCACCAAGCCCGUAAUCGUAAUCCUUCAAGGCGGACGUCCAUUCGCGAUCCCGGGAUUCUAUUCCCGCGCCGCUGCGGUUAUCAAUGCUUUCUUCCCAGGCCAGUCAGGGGGCCGGGCGAUUUCAGAUGUACUGUUUGGGAUCACGAAUCCUGGGGGGAGAGUCCCGAUUAGCGUGCCUAGGGAUGUGGGGACGCUGCCGAGCCAUUAUUGGUACAAGGAGACGGCGAGGGCGAAUGUUUACUUGGACGAGGAGUGGCAGCCUUGUUAUAGUUUUGGGUAUGGGUUAUCCUACACGACAUUCACCACGAGUGGGUUUCGGGCUUGGAGUAGUGGUGGAAAUGAGACGUUUGGGGUUGGUGAUGUGAUAUUUUUUGGGGUUGAGGUGGAGAAUAUGGGGGAUGUGGAGGGGAGCUAUGUGGUACAGGUUUAUUUGUUGAGGAGGAUGAGCAGUGUGACGCAGCCUGUUCGGAAGCUUAUGGCCUUUCAGAGGGUAUAUUUGGGUCCUGGAGAGAAGAGGGUGGUGAGGAUGGAGCUGGAAGUUGAUCGUUAUUUGCUGAUUUUGAAUCGAGAGUGGGAAUGGGAAUUGGAGAAGGGGAGGUAUACGUUUGCGUUGUUGGAGGACGCAAGUCCAGGGGCCGAUCGGAGUGUGAAUGCUACGCUAAGGUGUGUUUGAUGGAGGGUGUGGUUAUUCCUGAGAUUGGAUGUUUUAAGGAAGUGCCCUAUGAGAAGAACAUUCCUCUUGAACUGGUUCUGGAAAGUAGGUACCAAUAAGGAGAUGUGUGCGAAUUUCUCCUCCCCUCAAUGCAGCACUCGAACAUGCGAUACCGGCAUCUCGCAGAUCGUACAACUCGACAAUAUCGAUGUGCGACCCUUCUUCUGUUGUGCAACUGAGCUAGGCCAAGAGACAAGGUCACGUACUUACGGCCAGUAGCCUUUGCAAUUUAAGCAAAUCUAGCCUUCGCCGAAGACUCGAAAGUGC